ACAACUUUCCAGUGGGGCACAGCUGGUGGCCAGGGUCGUAAAGUUGAACUUUAUAAAUAUCUCCCAUGGGGACGGGGAAGAGCAUUAAAAGGGAGAGCGAAGGACAGAGCAGGAGACAGAGAGAAGUGGGACUUCGCCAGGGCCAGGAAGAACCCAUCUGAGCUGCAGCCAUGGCCGGGCAAGGGCUGAAGGCUGGGCAGGUCUGGGGUAGGCUCUGCCUGGUGCUGUCUCUGCUCCUCCAGCUCCAGGGCUCCCAGGCCAAGUGCUACUUCCAGGCAAAAGCCACCUGCCAGUACGAGGGGAAGCAGUUCAGCUUGGGGGAGUCGUGGCUCAGCACCAACUGCCUGCUCUGCACCUGCCUGCACCCCGUCGGCGUGGGCUGCUGCGAGAUCACCCAGCACCCCAUCGACUUCCCCGACUGGUGCGAGGCCCACUAUGAUGCCCAGACCUGCCAGAUCUCCGUGGUGCAGAAAGCCAACCCCGGCCUGCCCUGCGUCAACAGCCUGGAGCGCGAGUGGGGCUCGGCCGGCACCCCUGAACCUGCGCUCAACAAGGUGCUGGAGACGGGGCUGAGCCGGUAGAGGCCCGGCAGCCCCGCGCCGCCGGCGCACCCACUGCAUGUGCCAGACCUGCAGCACCGCCACGUAGACUCUCCACUGCAGCCACCUCCCAGGGAAACCACUAUCCGGGUCCGCACCCACGGCCUAGCGCUGCCUUGGCAUGGCUUUGCUUCUGCUUCAGCUUCCCAAGCCCCUCCUGCCCACAGCACAGCUCCCUCUCCAAGAGCAGCCCCAGCUCCGAGCGGGGGGCUCCGGGCACCCCACUGCUCCUACCCAUGCACAGAAGCCCCUGGCUGGGGGAAGCCACGUGGAGGCCAGGCCAGGAGAGUGGGGGCUCUUGCCUGACCAGAGAUGGGCACAGCAAGGGCAGUAUGCCUCACAAAGCAGGGGAGGGGAUGAUGGCACCAUGCUAGUGUCCAGGUGGGAGUGGACAGGCAGCCCCCAGCCCGGCUCGGUGGGAGCAGCUUUUGGGUAUAGGGGAAGGAGAUCGAUUCUUUCCAGCUUGAUCCACGGCUUCAAAUGUGCACGGCCCCCAGGCAGCCUCCUGCCCCUGCGCCCGGGGCUCCUGCCUCCAGACCCCUUGCCUGCCCCACUGGCAGGGCACACCCCACCAGCGAGACCUGCAGCACGUCCUGGGGCACUCUGCACUGCGCUGCGCUGCCCAGAGGCUCCUUCCACCCUCAGAACCACUACAGCCCCUGCCUCUGCCCACGAGCGGAGGAGCUUACCUGCCUCGCACCUGGGCCCCGGGGGGGAGCCAAGCCAGGAGGCGGCCACGUGCUGGGUGCCCUGGGGCAACUGCAGCCGCAGGCCAGGCCUUCCGUGGGGUGUCCCUGCCUAGUGCCGUGAGAGGGGGCCACAGUGCCCUGCUGGGCUGAAGCGACCGAGGCGCUGGUGCGGAGCGGGCUGUGCGGCACCCCGCCCGGCCGGCGCAGAGCCUGCGUAGAUGUUCUGUUCUCGCAAUAAACGUAUCACAGUCCA